ACCAGCAGGAGUAAUGGAACGGGGAGAGGGACAUUUUCCGCAUCUUACUGGUGAGACCGCAAAAGACUAACGCACAGAGAGGACACGCGCAAACUUUCGUACAGAGGACCAAAACGCCAGUUAUCUGUUUUCCGGACGCGUCUGCAGCCUUUUGUGUCCGUGUUUUGUGUUUUUUUCUCCAGUCCAGCAGCCAAACGUUACUUUGUCGCAGUUCGUUGGAAGUGAUUUACCGGGCAAUGGUGGAGAAGGACACAUUUUGCGGAUUUCUCGCCUUUACCUGCGCUUUCAGCCCAAACUUCGCUUCGGGAAGCGAACGCUGACCCGGAUCCCGCUCGCGGCGCUGAGUCAAAUAGCCGGAGGGGCUUCAGCUGCCCUGCACCACUGGAGCCUUCAAUAAUGUCGGGGCCAACACACCACAACCGGCCCCCUCACUUCUGACCCAACAUGGAGCUCAAGGUCUGGGUGGAUGGAGUCCAGAGGGUCGUCUGCGGCGUCACCGAGGCAACCACCUGCCAGGAAGUGGUGAUUGCUUUGGCUCAGGCCAUAGGUCGCACUGGGAGAUACACUCUGGUAGAGAAAUGGCGAGACACCGAGCGUCACCUAGCCCCCCACGAGAGCCCUGUGGCCUCUCUGAACACCUGGGGCCAGUACGCCGGUGACGUUCAGCUGAUCCUGCAUCGCACCGGCCCCUCCCUGACUGAAAGACCCCCCUCAGAAGGACCCCCUCUCAGAGGGCCUGAACGCGGGCUUCAUCGGCAGAGCCUCCCUCCCCUUGCAAAGCUUCGUCACCCCAACGAUCGCUCCCUCCGCCGCCGUGAGCCACGCCGCAAGUCUCUUACGUUCACCGGUGCACCCAGAGGCCUUAGGGAGAUACUGAGCGGAGGCCGAAUAGGCGAGGCUGAGGCUAAAAGAAGACUCCUCCUGGGAAACAGUGGAAAUCACCACCAUGCAGGACCAGCCAUUGGGACGGCAUCGCCCGGCCUGUGGGCCUGUCGUAUGGAAGAUUUGGUCAGACUGGUCGGUCUGCAGAGAGAGACUCUCAAUGUGCUGGAGAAGAAGCUGGAGGCCUAUGAGGCUGAGCUGCAGGCCUGGGCUGAGGGGCGAGGGGGGCGAGGUGGAGGGUGCACUGGGGACCCAGGUGGAGGUGGAGGGCUAAUAGAGGAGAUCCUUAGGCUGGAAAAGUAUGUGAGGAAGAACGAAGUGGAGAUGGAGGAAGAAGAGUUUUGGGCCACGGAGCUGCAGAUUGAAAUAGAGAGUGAGAGACAGCUGGAGGAAAGACUGCAGGAGCUACGAGGACGCCUGCAGGGCUGUGAACUGGACAUAGAAGAAAAGCUGGCAAUGGUACAGGGUGUGGAGGCCGGCCUGGAAGAGGAGCGGCUGCAGAGGGAGCGGCAGGAGACCCAGUGGGUCAGUGAGGCGGAGGCCCGGGCUCAGGUCCUCAGGGUCAAAGCAGAACUGAAAGCCCAGGAGAGACAGGCUGUCCAGCUGGAGAGCAGCUGCAGAGCUGUGGACAGGUCACUUGGACAAAGCAGCAAGAAACUGCAGGACAUGCAGCACGAGCUGGAGCAGCUGACCAAGGAGCUGAGGCAGGUUAACCUGCAGCAGUUCAUCAAGCAGACCGGCACCAAGGUCACAGUGCUGCCGGCUGAACCCUCCGAGGAUGAGAGUACCCACAGCAGUCACGUUCCCCUGACUGGCUCCCUGAAGCGCCCCGUGUCGUCACACCAGAUGUCCAGUCACCUACGGGUCCUUCACAGCCCUCUCACUUCUGGCCUGAACCCAGAGGGGAUCUAUGUGUGAUUGGGGGUGGACCCAGAGCCCCUUUCACCCGAGAACACAUUUGUAAGUGGAUAUCUUUGUACAGGAUACCUCAGUAGCACAUUACUAUGCACUGUUGUCUCAGUCAGAUGAAGGCAAACUUGAAUGUGAAGGCUCAGAUGUGAAGGAACGAUGUUGAACUUUAACCAGCAGUCAUGGAGCACUUGGUGGGAUGAAAGUAUAGAAGCGAUGGCAUGAAGGAAAAACGAAUGGCAGCAGCACUGAGUGUCAUGGUGCACAGUCUCAGAACACAUUAGAACUUUCUAAACAUUAGGCUGUUCUUGACCUCCUUUAUAAACAUAUCCACUAAAUGUACUUUUACUCUCACUUUAGUACCUGCUGAAUGAUUUGUAUUGUCACUCACUAGCAUCAUGAUUCAAAACUAUUGCCUUUUGAACAGUAUUCUUGAGAAUCUUGGUAUGUGAAUCUAUGAACUGUAUCUCUAAAGUCAUAUGUAAUUUCUGCAGUGAAAACGUUUUACCUUGUUCUUAUAUAAGUAAUGAAGGAUCCACUUGUGUCUAUAGUAAAAUUGUCUAGAAUCAUGUUGCAUAUCAAAAUUUAUUCCUGUAGCUCUGGUUGUCUGUUCUUGUUCAAACUAUGCACAAAUAGUUAAUGGUUUUGUUACUGAAGAAUGUUACUGUCUGUACGUACCAAAAUGAUGGCUUACUGUAAAUAUGUUUUCUUACUUUUCAGCUUUAUUUAGUGAAUUAUUCUAUUUUAUUACAAAGCUGUGCAUUCACAGUUACAAAAACAGAGUGCCCUCAUUACCGCAGUAAUAUCUGCACAAUGAACCAGUGUUAAUUAUCCUCUUAAGCUUUUUUUUUUUUUUUUUUUUUUUAAGAUGAGUACACAGUAUAUUUUUGCCAAAAUGUAUUAUGCUUGUUUUUCUGUAAGGAUCGGUGGCCAAAGAUUAGCUGGUCUUGUUGCAUGAUUGUGUUGUUAAUAUAGCCAUAUCUGGAUGUGCACAGCACCCGCAGUACAGUAAAUCAAUUAGCUGAGUCUAAAACUGGUGGCAUGUAAUAAUACAAUGGAUAGCUACAGUGUGUGUGAGAGUGUGAGUGAGUCAGAGGUGUGUGUGUGUGUGUAGAGUCAGAAUAGCCAAGGUAUGAAGCCCCUCUUAGGUUGUAGUUCAGCUGCUAAUCACAAGUGCCUUAUGUUCAUUCCACAGUUGGUGUAUUCAAAUAAUGUAGAGUGAACCUUCAGUAGAGACAUUGAAGCAAUGAUCGUAGUCGAUUUAGAUCAAACGUCGCUGUAUUAGUGCCACAUUGCUGCACAGAGAGAACAGGCAAUAGCGCAGCAACAAAGAGGAAACUAUAAUUAUUUUAUCUGUCACUAUUUUGUAGAAAUGUCAAUGGAAAGAACAUCGCUGAUAGUGCUUUCCACUUUGCUACUGUAUUAUUGUCAUGAUAAUACAAUAUGAUGUAAAAAGCAUUCACAUGUAAUCUGAUUUACUGUAUUUCAUCAUGCAACACAUACUGUAAUACCGUAGUCACCGGUUGAGAUCAGUACUGUCACCCAGGACUAAAUAGUUGAUGUAAUACAGAAGAAGACCCAGUAACAUUCAGUAUCUACAAACACACAGCAAAACACAUCGUCACUACAGUGUGUCUCUCUGCACUUCAGUUAAAGGAAAGACCUGUUUGUAUAUUAAUAUUUGGGUGGAUUUUCCCUUUAAGAAACCACUUGUGUGCAUUUUCCACCCUUGGAUGAGACGUAGCUGUGGUCACUGUUUACAACCGUAUAUGUUCUAGAGAACUGUAAGAUGUCAACUGUACAUAACCUGUUUUUAUUUUAUUUUCCUGCCUUAAUAUUAAACUGCAAAGUGUUGACAGAUGUAUGGCUGUAACCGGCUGCUGAUAUGACAUGGAUUGCAUGAUUCAAUAAACCAUCUG